AUGAAGGUUACGCAAAUCUUUCAAUUAGAUCGAGGCCCAUUUACUGCAAUUGGCUAUCAUUGUCUUUCAACUAGCAGCUCAUAUUAUUUAUCUAUGUCCCUUGAUUUCAACGCUUUGGCUCAACAAUUCACCGAGUUCUAUUACAACCAAUUUGACACCGAUAGAAGCCAAUUGGGCAACCUUUACAGGAAUGAGUCCAUGUUGACCUUCGAAACUAGUCAAUUACAAGGUGCUAAAGACAUUGUAGAGAAGCUGGUCUCUUUACCUUUCCAAAGGGUUCAACACAGAAUCACUACUUUGGACGCCCAACCUGCCUCUCCAAGCGGCGAUGUUCUUGUGAUGAUUACUGGCGAUCUGCUGAUCGAUGAGGAGCAGAACCCUCAACGUUUCUCACAGGUUUUUCAUUUGAUUCCAGAUGGUAGCUCCUACUAUGUGUUCAAUGAUAUCUUUCGUUUGAACUACUCUGCUUAA